AUGCUUUUGCAUCCUAUCUCAGACGUGAAUUUCUUAAUUUCGUUUUCUCUUUCUUUCUUUUUUCUUACUUUCUUUUUUCUUAUUCAAUUUCUUCAUUUCUGUUCUCUGUCUUUCUUUCUUUCUUUCUUAUUUUGUUUUUUAAUUUCUUUCUUUCUUUUUUCUCUUUCUUUCUUUCUUUCCUUUUUAUGUUGUUUUUUAAUUUCUUUCUUUCUUUCUUUCUUUCUUUCUUUCUUUCUUAUGCUAUUUCUUAAUUUCUUUUUCCUAUCUUUCUUUCUUUCUUUCUUUCUUAUUUUCUCUCUUAUUCUUUCUUUAUCGCUUUUCUUUCUUUAUCGAAAGAAAGGAAAAAUCACUUUCUUUCUUUCUUUUUCUUUCUUUUUUUCUUUCUUUCUUUCUUUAAUCGCUUUCUUUUCUUUCUUUCUUCCUCGUUUUUGUCUCUUUCCUUUGUUUCUGUCAUUGUUUUCAUUCUUUCUUUCUUUCUUUUUCGUUUUCUUACUCUUUCUUUCUUGCUUGCUUUCUCGCUUUUCUUUCUUUUCUUUUUUCUUUGUUUCUCGAUUUUCUUUCUUUCUCACUUUUCUUCUUCUUUUGAUUUCCUUUCUUUCUUUUUUUCUCACUUUUCGUUCUUUUCCUUUUUCAUUUUCUUGCGUUUCUUUCUCCUUUUUCUUCUCCUUUCUAUCUUUCUUUCUUUCUUUUUUCUUUCUUUCUCCUUUUCCUAUUUUUUCUUUCUCGCAUUUCUUUAUUCUUUUUCUUUCUUUCAGUAUAUUCUUUCUUUUUUCUUUCUUCUACGUUUUAUUCUUUCUUUUUCUCUAUUCAUUCUUUCUCCUUUUCUUUCUUUCUGUCUUUGUUUCGCAUUUUGUUUUUCUUUCUUUCUUUUUUCUUUCUUUCCUUAAUCUCUCUUUUUCUACUUUUCUAUCUUUCUUAAUUUCCCGCUUUCUUUCUUUCUUUCUUUCUUUCUUUCUUUCUUUCUUAGCUUCUUCGCUUCUCUUAAAGUCAUAUUAUAUCUUUCUUUCUUUCUUUCUUUCCAGUUUCUUACACAUUAAGAUAUAUUCACCGUCUUUCUUUCUUCUCUCUUUUUUCUUUCUUUCUUUCUUUUUCUGUCUUUUUUCUUUCUUUUUAUUUUCUUACACGUUCAGCUAUAAUCACUUUCUUUUUUCGUUCUUUCUAUCUCACUAUUCAGAGACACAAUCGCUUUAUUCCUUUCUUUCUUUCUUUCUUUCUUUCUUUCUUUCUUUCUUUCUUUCUUUCUUGUCUUUUCAAGCAAAAAAUCUCUUGUUUUCUUCCUUUCAGUCUCAACUCUAUCUUUCGUUCUUCCUUUCGUGCUUUCUUUCUGUCACGUUUUCUUAUUCUUCCUUUAUUGCUUUCUUUCACGUUCCCGUAGUCUUUCUUUCUUUCUUUCUUUCUUUCUUUCUUUCUUUCUUUCUUUCUUUCUUUCUUAGCUUUUUCGCUUCUCCUCAAGUCAUAUCUAUCUAUCUGUCCAUUAAGAGACAAUCAUUUUCUUUCUUCCUUUCAAUCUUUCUUUCUUUCUAUUUUCUUACAUAUUCUGAUAUAAUCACUUUUAUCUCGUUCUUUCUAUCUCUCCAUUCAGAGACACAAUCGCUUUCUUUCUUUCUUUUUUCUUUCUUUCUUUCUUUCUUUCUUUCUUUCUUUCUUUCUUUCUUUCAAUCUUUCUUUCUUUCUUUCUUUUUUUCUAUGAGAGGGAACACAGGUGUACGCAUAUUCCAUUAUAUCACUAUCUAUCUAUCUAUCUAUCUAUCUAUCUAUCUAUCUAUAUUGAUAUGUCCCGUGUAUGCAUAUUCCAUUAUAUCACUAUCUAUCUAUCUAUCUAUCUAUCUAUCUAUCUUGAUAUGUCCCCCAAUAGCCAUUAAUAUAUCCACUCACGACCUCGUCACUGCUAAUUCUUCGCCACGUAAUCUCUUCUUCCUCCUCCCCCUUUCGCUGUGUAAUGUUCUCUCCCCACUGCUCUUUUCCUACCCCUUUCGUAAUCACCUUCUCCCACUACUCUUUUUAUUCCUCCAUUUAUUAUAUAAUCUCCCUUUUCCAUUACUCUUCCGCCCUCCACAUUUCUUAUUUAAGCUCCUCCCUCUCAUCUUACUUUUCCCUCUUUAUUUAUGUAUUCUCCUUCUCCCACUACUCGCCUUCCUUCCUUCUUUCAUGAUUUUCCUUAAAUUAUCUCACUGCGUCCCACUUUCCUUAUUUUAUCUCCUACUCCCACUACUCGUCCUCUUUCCCUCUUUCGUUACGAAAUCUGCAUCUCCCGUUAUUCUCCCCGCUUACCCUUUUCUUUACUUAAUCUCCUUCGCUCACGACUGUUACUUUCUUUAUGUAAAAUACUUCUCUAUCUACACUUCCCCACAUUCGUUAUUUGAUCUACUUCUCCCACUACUCUUCCUCUUUUCAUUAUUUUAUCUCCUUCACCCACCACACUUACUCCUUUUCACUUUUGUCAUUUAA